AUUUUUUCUACGGAUCCUCUGCCCCUGUCAUUCCCCAUCGUCCAUCACAUAUUCAAAACCGAAUGUCAGGAGGAUGAGGAUAUAUUUUUCAAACUUAUAAAAGAUCCUCGUGAGGUCUUAAUAAAUUCUGAACGACUUCGAUUAAUAAACAAAAUUCUAGAGGAUGAUGUUGAUUCUCCUAUAGCCGCCCUAUGCACGGACGUCCUUCAAACUCAAUUUUUUGAUGAUUUUGGUGUAGGAAAAUUGUCACAGUAUUUCAUGAGAGCAACCGAGAUUUUACUUACAACUGAGGUUAAAUGUUUGCAAAUGAUAUCGGCCAUUUCACUCCUAAAGUCAUUCGGGAAAGUUUUUUGGAAAUGUGCCGGGUCACUCAAAAACUCCUUGAACAACCCAAUUGAAUUCAUAUUUGAAGACGAUGAGUAUACGGUCGAGAUAAAACUCGAUGACAUUAAUAGAAGAAUGGAUGUGCCGCAUCCUUUGAUUCAUUCGUUCCUGCUCUAUCUACUUAAGAUUUUAAGGAGCUCCCAAGAAUUUUCCAUGG